ACUUCCUGUCUGCGUUCGCUUGACUGCGGAAGUGGAUACAGACAGCUCGGGUUGGUCUGAGUUUUGGGAGCUUUGCGCGUGUGCGAUCGUUACUGCUUUCCUCUGGAAAGAUGCCGGGACUGGCUGCCGCUAGCCCUGCCCCGCCCGAGGCUCAGGAGAAGAAGCCUCUGAAGCCCUGCUGUGCCUGCCCGGAGACCAAGAAGGCGCGUGAUGCGUGCAUCAUUGAGAAAGGAGAAGAACACUGUGGACAUCUCAUCGAGGCCCACAAGGAGUGCAUGAGAGCGCUGGGAUUUAAGAUAUGACAUGGUAAGUGAACUCUGUUGCUUCACGUCUGAGUGUCACCUUAGAGAGUCAACUACAAGACAGCAUUCUCCUAAUGGUAGCUUGCCUGGUUAAUCUAGCAUGUUUAAGUAGCAGCUUAAAAAUAACUUUGCAGUUUCUAGCAUGGGGUUGUAAUGGUUUGGUGCCAACAAUUUGAGGCACCCAUUAGAUCUGAGACGGUAUGAAGCUUUUGAGAACUGGCUUGAUAAGGGCCUUUAGUUACAUUGUAGUCAGGGAGAAGGCAUAGCCGUGGGAGGCACACUAUUUUCCAAGGUGAAGGAACUAAGUGGAAAAUAUUCUGUUUCCUGUUUCUAAUAUGGGUCUGCAGUAAAACGUGUUACUUUUUUUUCUAGUGAAAAUGGAAGCUUUGUUUUAAACCAGGCAUUGUUCUAAUAAAACUAACCCUUAGUAUUUGAAUAACUUUGAAUCUAAAUAUCAAUGUCUGGAGGGAUAUGUGUGACAAGACCACAGUCCAUGACUUCUGGUUGGAAUCUCUUGCUUCAGGUGUUAACUUUGCUCACUAGUACACUUCUUUCCAGAUACUGAUUUAAAGUCUUAUUAGAGAGGCCCUUUCCUCAUCGCCUCAUGUAAAGUAAUAGCCUUCCCUGUCACUGUUCCAGCCAUACCCAGUAGGCCUUCCCAGGUGUUCUGUGGCCACACUCUCCAGUACGGUAGCCACUAGCAAUGCAUGACUGUUAAGCAUAAUGAGUCUGGGGAAGAAUUUUAUAAAUUCUUAAUUUAUAAAAAGGUUAGUUGUCAGAUGUGGCCAGUGGCUACUCUUGUUUUUGCAGUCACCACCUAUAUACUGAGCCUCUCCUUAUAACGACCGUCCUUGCUUCCCUCCAGCUGGGCUGUAAGCUCUGGAAAGUAUCUGGUUCACUGCCAGCAUGUCUCAGCACCCGGCGCUGGCUAGGGUGCUGUGUACUAAAUGGACGAGUGAAUGGCCAGGGACCAUAGUGGUGGCUCCGUGGGGCAGGAGUCCCGAGAUGGCUCAGCAGGACGAGAACCGGAAUCCCAGCCUCCAGCAAGCACCCUGUUUGUGCUGCUUGCAGACCCACAUCUCACUGUCACUCCUAACUUAGCCACGGUUGAGAGAUACCAAGGCCACAUGCCAGUGUCACAGUAGUAGAGAGCUGGCUUCUUCCUCUCCCACCUCUCUAGAGUCUCACACAUGACCAGUUGUGUUUGAAGUGCAGUAAGGAGAUAAGGAGCUCGCCCUACCUGAUAGUCCUGACUGGAGGAGAAGAGACUUUAAGGCUCAGAUCCGGCAUCCGUGGGUGGCUUUCUGCACGGUCCAGCUCUUUCUAGUCAGUUGUGUUAAGCUUUGCCUAGAACCUCGUGGGGAAUUGGAGGGUAGUGGUAGCAUUAGACCAUUGCAUCCUCCAAACCAGAGGCACUUUGUGUUACUCCUAACUGAGUGACAUUGCAUUGCCAGCACACUCAGCUUUAGGGUUUCACAUCACCGAAAUCUUCAAUCCUAAGACUUAUAAUGAAGACUGAUUUAAAAGAUCUGCUGCUGGAAUGCAUGGGAACGUUUAGCCAAAGGCUCUGACUGUAGUAAACUCCCACACAACUCUCUACACUGCUCUGAGGUGAGCUUGAUAGACAGCUAGACCAUAUUCUCUGACAACCUCUUCAGAGGAAAAACACUCCACAAACCUGGGUUGCUCCAGCAAUGGUCAUAAAAGUCCCUUAAUUCAAAAACCGUCAUAGAUGCUGACAUUAUUAUUCCCAAGGAAAAUAGAUCUUAAUUGGACCUGGCUCGCAGAGAUGGGGUGUAAGUGUUACCUCCUCUCUUACACUCUGAAUAACAGUGUUGUCCAAGCCUCAGGAGCACCUAAGUGACCUUUCCAGAAUUCACAAACCCUGCCUCCUCACCUGUUGACUCAAGCUCCCAGAUGAUUGCCAAGUCCUUAACAUUAAAUAUGCUAACACUAAGGAAACAAUUGUGAGCAUGCCAAAUAGAAACUACCUGAGGGUUUAAUGGUAGCAAAGGCAGAGAGUUGAAGCUAAAAAGAAAAAGUAGGUAUCAUGGCCGUGAGCCCGGAUUGUUCUUUAAAUCUUAUAACUUUUUUUUACUGACAGAGAAAGUAGAAAACAAAUUCACCACCUAAUUAGAAAUAUCCAGAAGUGAGUGGCGCUUCCUGAUUAUAAGGGUCAAAAGAAAAUGGGAAAUCUGCUAAAAUCCAUAUAAAGUAAUGGUCAUGCUAGUUUUUGUUUGUUUAAGUGAACUUUCAAUUUGAGUGUUUAAAUGAGCCACCUUUAUACAUAGAUUAUUUACAAAGGUAUCUCAAGAUAAUGCAUGAAUCAAGACAGAACACCUAUUAAGACCCUAUGACAUGCCUAAUGCAAAAGACAGUCCCACUUGCCGGGGACCCUCCAUCCAGAGAAGAACUAGAGUCUGUCCACCAUCACAUACAGAUCCUCAGAUCUGUGCAGUGCCUGAGUAUAGGUGCUGGAGGCUGUGGAAACGGGGUUAGGCAGCUCCAUUUCUGCUUCUGUUUCCUGCCCAUACCUUAAGUGUAUUGUUUUCCUUCAAGCUUAUUAGGAAAACAGGGAAUUUAGGUGUCUGUGUCUUGGUGAGGCUAUUUUCCUGUCUAAACCAAACAAAGGGAAUGGGUUUAGGAAGUUCUUGAAUUAGUCUUAAGAAUUGGCUGCCCGAGCGGCUGUCACCUUUUCAGUGGUUUUCUCCAUCUUCUUAACAGGGACUAGGGUGGAGGUGUCAUGGCGAGAAGCUGGCACCCUGAGACUAGGCCAGCAGUACUGUCCUCUGAGGCCCUCCCUCUGGGUAUUUCGCUGUGGCUCUUAUUAGCCUGCAGGCCAAGGAGGAGCUUCCCACAGGAACAAGUGUACUGAACUGACCUUCCUUCUACCUUUAACACAGCGAGCCCAGUUCUUGAAAGAGCAGGACGUACAGCCUCUUUCUUAAUGUCUGUAGAGACACAGUGCCUCACCAAAAGCUCCUAAAGGUCAGACAUUGCAACCAACAGUUUCAGGGGGGUCGUCAGUUAAGCUAAGCUGCGGUUUUGACUUGUUUAGAAUGUAACAAUAUUUCAGUGAAGCAUUUAUUUCUGGUGGCCGUAAGUCCAUAACCCCUAGGUCCAGUUUGAUGUCUGAACUCUGACUUUCUAAAAUCAAAUCUCUUCUGUAGGUGGCCCACUUUGUGAAUGAAUAAGCCCUGAAGAAUGAAGAAGAGUAAAUAUUUUGGAAGUUCUUUGAUGAACUUUGAUAAGUGGAUAAAGUAUUUAUAAUUUAUUAAAAAACAAAAGGAAAGAAAA